AUGCGCUCUCUCAGGACGUCUCGGCUGGCGACCGCGCUGCCCGUCACUAAGCAAUUGAGCAGCGCACCGAGCUCGAGGUCGCUGCUGGCAAACGCAAGGAGCAGGCACAAUGGCAGCGCUGCCACAGCACCCGUGGUCCUGUGCAGACGGUCGAUCGCCUCCUUCAUCUCGCCGCACCAGGCCGAGGCCAUCUCGCGCCUGCCGACCAACGUCGACCCGUCGUCGGACGAGUACAAGGAGAACGAGAGGCUGAUGGGCGAGGCCAUGGCGCGGCUCGAGGAGCUCACGCUGCGGGUGCAGCAGGGCGGGCCGCCCAAGGCGCGCGAGAAGCACCUGGCGCGCAAGAAGAUGCUGCCGCGCGACCGGGUCACGGCGCUCGUCGACCCGGGCACGACCUUCAUGGAGCUCUCGCCGCUGGCGGGCCACGAGCUGUACCCGGAGGCCGACGUGCCGGCGGGCGGGAUCAUCACGGGCGUGGGCGUGGUCGAGGGCGUGACGUGCGUCAUCGUGGCCAACGACAGCACCGUCAAGGGCGGCACCUACUACCCCAUCACCGUCAAGAAGCACCUGCGCGCCCAGGCCGUCGCCCAGGAGAACCGGCUGCCCUGCAUCUACCUCGUCGACUCCGGGGGCGCCAACCUGCCCCACCAGGCCGACGUCUUCCCGGACCGCGACCACUUCGGCCGCAUCUUCUACAACCAGGCGCGCAUGUCGGCCGCGGGCAUCCCGCAGAUCGCCGUCGUCAUGGGCCCCUGCACGGCGGGGGGCGCCUACGUGCCCGCCAUGAGCGACGAGAGCAUCAUCGUCGGGGAGCAGGGCCACAUCUUCCUCGCCGGCCCGCCGCUCGUCAAGGCCGCCACGGGCGAGGUCGUCAGCCCCGAGGAGCUCGGCGGCGGGCAGAUGCACUCCUCCGUCUCCGGCGUCACGGACUACCUCGCCGUCGACGAUGCGCACGCCAUCACCCUCGCCCGGAGGAGCAUCAGCAACCUGAACUACCCCCGGAACCCCCUCCCGCCCGCCGGUGCCGCCCCUGCUGCCUUUGACGAGCCGCUCUACUCCCCGGACGAGCUCCUCGGCAUCGCGUCGACCAACCUGCGCAAGCCGCUGCCCAUCCACGAGGUCAUCGCGCGCAUCGUCGACGGCUCCCGCUUCGCCGAGUUCAAGCGCGACUACGGCACGACGCUGGUGACGGGCUUCGCGCACAUCUGCGGCCAGCGGGUCGGCAUCGUCGCCAACAACGGCAUCCUCUUCUCCUCGGCGGCCGUCAAGGGCGCGCACUUCAUCGAGCUCUGCGCGCAGCGCGGGGUCCCGCUCGUCUUCCUGCAGAACAUCAGCGGGUUCAUGGUCGGGCGCGACGCCGAGCGGGAGGGCAUCGCCAAGAACGGCGCCAAGCUCGUCACGGCCGUGGCGUGCGCCGACGUGCCCAAGCUCACGGUCGUCGUGGGCGGCAGCUUCGGCGCGGGCAACUACGGCAUGUGCGGCCGGGCGUACUCGCCGCGCUUCCUGUGGAUGUGGCCCAACGCGCGCGUCGGCGUCAUGGGCGGCGAGCAGCUGGCGGCCGUGAUGGAGACGGUGGGGCAGAAGGCGGACCCGGCGCUGCGGGAGCGCAUCGACCGGGAGAGCGGCGCCGUGUUCUCGAGCGCGAGGUUAUGGGACGACGGCGUGAUCCCGCCGCAGCAUACGCGCAGGUAUCUGGCGCUCGGGCUGAGGGCCGCCAUGGAGGGCCGCAACGAGGUCAAGCCUGGGGAGACCAAGUUUGGAGUUUUCCGGAUGUAG